AUGGGAGCAGAAGAUUUUGGCAGCGCUGCGGACGUACAAGGACUUGAAUGCGAUCUCCUCGUGCCGCAGUCGCUUGUGGUUCCUACAGGGGAUGAGCGCUGGCCAUUGGUGACGUGGGGAUACAAGCUAGGGCGCGCUGUUAGCCAACUUCGCUACAAGCUCGAGAACAAGUCGCCUCUUCCCGCUGGAAUGAAGGAGGAGCUGGAGAGAAUGAGCUUCGUGAGGAAUGUGGCCCAAUAUAAGUGGGAUAACAGUGUCCUCCGGCGCUGCAGAGGUUUCAUCAAGAGCACUAGCACACAGAUGUCCCGCAAGAAUUUGUCCCAAGCCAUGACGAAACGUGGCCAAGACUGA